AUGAGUUGUCGUGAUGUAUUGUCAAUGCUCAAGAAAGAUACAAAAGCACUCAAUAAAAUUUCGAAACCCAGAUCGGCAACUACUUUUCCCCUGUCCCAUUCAUUAGAUAAUGCACAUGAGAGAUCUAAUUCUCUAAUGAAAUGGAGAAUCAUAGGCACACAUUUAAUAGAGAGCAUUUCCACGUCAAAGGAACGAAUAAGGGAAUUAGCGAAAGAAUCUGAUACUAUAAAGGUAGCCGCAUUUGAUCUUGAUGGAACUUUAAUUGAUACUAAAUCCGGCUCAAAGUUUGCUAGGGGACCUGAUGACUGGAGAUGGUGGUCACCGAAGGGCACACAAGAGUCGAAGGUGGUGAAGAAGCUACGGGAGAUCAUAGAGGGACGCUAUUUGAUCGUGAUUUUUACAAACCAAGGCAGCGUGGUGGCCACCCCUUCUAAUAAGUCUUAUAUCAAUUUCAUUAAAAGAGUGAAUUCAGUUACUUCAAAUUUGAAUGCGAACUUAAAGGGCAGAGUCGUUGACAUAAUAGUAUUUGCAUCACCAAAGCGACCCUCAACUUCAAAUCAAAAGGUUGUUCCAAGUUCAGAGGAAUUGCAUAAUUUAAUGAGAAAGCCUAAUAUCGGAAUGUGGAAAGAAUUAGAAAAGUUUUUAAACAAUACCUGUGGCAUUAAUGUAGAUAUGGACAAGAGCUUCUAUGUAGGGGAUGCUGCGGGCAGACCUCUUGAUUUCCUGGAUAGUGACAAACAAUUUUGCAAAAAUGUAAAUCUCAAAGACUUUAAGGUGCCAGAGGAAUUCUUUAUAUAA